ACACACACACAAAGCCAAGCAGAGAGACCUCCUACAUCCUCAUGCACCCUUGAAGCUUUUCACACGCCCCAAACAUUCACCGCUGCCCAGCAGAAAACGCCUCACAUGUCCUCUGUCUGCGCCCUGAGUGAGUAACCGGACCAAAUACGUCCGUGUAAAACGCUGGCGCCGGUGGAAGCCUUUGUCUGCGUGUGAACACAGCGGGGGUGGAGGCAAAAUCGUUGCAAAAGACACGAAAGAAGAAGGAAAUAGGUGAAAACACAGUUUGGACGCAAACAGGCUGAAGAUGAUGACGGUGACGAUACUGGUGAUGCUGAAGUUUGCGAUGAUAAAGAUGGAGGCGGCCUCUGCACCCGGCUUUGAGUUGGGCUUCAGACCCGGACGGGAGACCGUUUUGGCCAAACAAACCUGCUUCCCGGUGGGACCCGGGGCCACGGCGAUACCCUCCAACAUGUCCAGCAGCACCCAGUGCUUGGAACUCAAGCAGACGCAGAUCAGAGUGAUUCCCAAGGGUGCCCUCACCGGCCUGCAGCACCUCAGGAGACUGAACAUACUGCAGAAUGACGAACUGCAGAGUAUCAGCGAUCUCGCCUUCGUCGGCCUCCCUCGUCUCACUUACAUCUUAAUAUCAGAAAAUGUUGCUUUAGAAAGAAUUGGAGCUUCCGCCUUCUCUGAUCUCCCUGAACUCGUUGAGAUAACCAUAACAAAGUCAAGAAACCUGCAUUUCAUCCACUCAGACGCCUUCAGAAACCUCAUGAAACUAAGGUUUAUGACCAUCUCCUACACCGGCCUGAAAAUCUUUCCCAACUUUUCCCAGGUCCACUCCACCUACAAUGAAUUUCAGCUUCACCUGCAGGAGAACAGCGACUUAAAGAAAGUCCCCGCCAAUGCCUUCAGAGGCCUCUGCACUAAAACUAUCAAGAAGAUAUGGCUCACCAGAAAUGGCAUCAAGGAGGUGGCAAGUGACGCUUUCAAUGGAACAAAGAUGCAAAGACUAUUUCUGAAAGGCAAUCGGCAGCUUACUCACAUGAGUCCCAACGCCUUCGCGGGUUCCAGUGAGUUGGAAGUGCUUGACAUCUCCCAAACAGCGCUCAGCUCUCUGCCAGGCUCCAUCCUCGGGGGACUCAAGAGACUGAUCGCAGAGUCGGCCAAGAACCUGAAGAAACUUCCUCCUCCUCGGUUCUUCACCAAACUGCACCAGGCCAACCUGACGUACUCGUCUCACUGCUGCGCCUUCCAGAACAUGCAGAGAAACAAAUCAAGGAACAACCACAACCUGUGCGCUAUACCAGAGGCGAAGAAUGAGCCCUUCUUCUACAGGGCGCACUGCUCCACCUCCAUCACCUGCAGCCCGGUGCCGGACGACUUUAACCCGUGUGAGGACAUCAUGUCCGCUGUCCCCUUACGCAUCCUCAUCUGGAUCAUCUCUAUCCUCGCGCUACUGGGGAACGCAGUGGUUGUCCUUGUAUUGUUGAGCAGCAGAUCGAAGCUCACCGUUCCCCGUUUCCUCAUGUGCCACUUGGCCUUCGCCGACCUCUGCAUGGGAAUCUACCUGGCGGUCAUAGCAGCCGUAGACAUGUUAUAUCGUGGCAAGUACUACAACCACUCCAUAGACUGGCAGGAGGGCUUGGGCUGCAAGGCUGCCGGCUUCUUCUCGGUGUUUGCCAGCGAGCUGUCGGUGUUCACGUUGACGGCGAUCACCGUGGAGCGCUGGCACACCAUCACGCAUGCCCUGCGCCUGGACCGUAAGCUCCGCCUGAGACACGCCUGCAUCAUCAUGACGGCCGGCUGGAUCUUCGCCGCGGCGGCCGCGCUUCUGCCCACGGUCGGGGUCAGCAGCUACAGCAAAGUGAGCAUCUGCUUGCCCAUGGAUGUGGAGGAUCUGGUGUCCCAGGUCUAUGUAGUGUCCCUGCUCCUCCUCAACAUCCUGGCCUUCCUCUGUGUGUGCGGCUGCUACCUCAGCAUCUACCUGACCUUCCGCAAUCCCUCUUCGGUGCCGGCCCACGCCGACACGCGCGUGGCUCAACGCAUGGCCGUCCUCAUCUUCACCGACUUCAUCUGCAUGGCCCCGAUCUCCUUCUUCGCCGUCUCGGCCGCGCUCAAGACCCCCCUCAUCACCGUCUCGGAAUCUAAGGUCCUCCUGGUCCUGUUCUACCCCAUCAACUCGUGCGCCAACCCCUUCCUGUACGCCUUCUUCACCCGUACCUUCCGGCGGGACUUCUUUUUCCUGGCGGCUCGCUUCGGCCUGUUUAAGACUCGGGCGCAGAUUUACCGGACAGAGACCUCUUCCUGUCAGCAGCCAGCAUGGACCUCUUCGAGGAGCAGCCGCGUGACAAUGUACUCCUUGGCCAACACCUUGAGCCUGGACGCGUGCGUAGACUCCCAGUCGUCCAAGUCAUGGUAGACCAAAUCGCAUGAGUGGAUUUGUGCUUCGUUUCGCUUCUUGAAGAUGUUUCACCUGUUAUCCAGGAGGCUUCUAGGACUAGAUGAGAAACAAGAGCGCUGACUUUCAUCCAAAUAUCCACAGAAGACGCACAUUGUGAACAGAAUGAUUCUAUUUUAUCUCCACACAAAAGCUAUUUUCUCUCAGGCAAAGAAGAAGGCUAGCUCUGAAGGACAUAAGGCAGUCUUUAAUGCACGAACACCUGUGUUCAACAUGCAGCUCUCGAGGUGAUUUAUUUUCAAGGCUGCAUGCAGCAGGGGUGUACAAACACCUUUUGAUGUAUCUGCCGAGUUUUUGGGCACGAAAAGAAAUCAUACCCGCAUACCGCUAUCUUAUUCCCAUUUCUGCUUUAAUUCCACGUGGACAUUGCAGAGUUUCAAGCUCAGUGUAUCUGACCUCAGAUGGACAGCAACACAGCGAAGACACAGUGUCCAGUGUCCUCCUUAAACCUUGUGAUCCACGGGCAAAAACACUGUAGCAAUCCAAGAAAAGAAAGCUACGGAAGAACUGCGGAUAGUUUGAUCGGAUCUAGGUCAAACAGCUGUCCCAGAUACCCCUGUGUUUGUUUUAACUUGAUUGGAGUGCCAGAUGGGCGAGGUUCUCCGCAACGUUAUUUAGAAGUAAAACUAGAAAGAGUAGACGAAGUAGUGAACUGGUGAUUUCAUUCUUAUGCAAGAAACGCCAUCCAUCUGGUGUCCCGAGAUAACAAAACAAACCACUCUGAAAACAGUUUAACAAAUGCUUGGGGCUAGGGACAUCAGCAUAUGCACGACAUGAACAGUCUGACUGGAUGAUCUUCAUUCAGAUUAAUACAGCAGAGACCUGCUGAUUGAUAAUCUCCUCAUACACUCAGUCUCCUGUCCUCCAAAUCCACUAACACUUUAGCAUCUCUUUUUUUAUUUAAUUCUACUUUUUUAUGGAGGACCUACAGUUAUCUCUGAAGACUAAUUGUGCAUGUAGUUUGUAAACAGCGCCUCACUUUUUAUAUCUAUGUGUUUUGUACAAGAUGUAUCUUUGGGAUGUUUUUUUUUUUCAUGUCAUUUUAUAAAGCUGCUUAUUUCAUCCUU